AUGGAUAUUGUGAUGGAUGAAGACUAUGGCUUUAGUGGAAACUCCAGCCCUGGAAGUGGACCCCUGGGACAGAGCAGACAUGGACUUAACCACAGUGACCCCAUGGACAUGUUUGUUGGCAUGGAGCUUCUUCUGUACUACCGACCCCUGUUCCUCCCUCUUUACUCUCUGCUGGUGGUUGUUGCUGGAGUGGGAAAUUCAUUCUUACUCGCCUGUAUUCUGACUGACAAGAAGCUGCACAAUGCCACUAAUUUCUUCAUCGGUAACUUGGCUGCGGGGGACCUGCUGAUGUGCCUGAGUUGUGUUCCUCUGACUGCGUCAUACGCCUUUGACAGUCGCGGCUGGGCCUUCGGGAGAGCGCUCUGUCACCUGGUGCCUCUGCUGCAGUGUGCCACCGUCUUUGCAUCAGUGCUGUCCUUAACGGCUAUCGCUGUGGAUCGCUAUGUUGUUGUCGCUCACCCUGUGCGUAAGAGGAUCUCUGCUUGCGGCUGUGGUGCAGUGACACUAGGCAUUUGGCUUUUAUCCCUUGUUUUGGCUGCGCCUCCAUCUUUCUACACUCGCUAUCUGGAUUGGAGACCUAAUGGGAUUGAUUUAGUGGUGUGCGAAGAAUUCUGGCCAAAAAGUGGAAGUCUGCGACUCCUCUAUUCUUGCUUCAUCCUCGUGGCCUCUUACAUGAUUCCACUGCUGUCGGUGAGUGUGUCGUACUGUGCCAUCACUCUGAGCCUGAAGCGCUACACAAUGCCUGGGGAGCCGUCCCACAGCCAGAAGAUAUGGUGUCGGAGGAGGAAGAGGACCUUUUCUCUGCUGGUGGCCUCAGUGCUGGCCUUCGCUCUGUGCUGGCUUCCUCUGCAGGUACUGAACCUAUUGCUGGAUCUUGACCCAGACUUUCAGAUCAUAGGGAAGCGCUACAUAAACAUCCUCCAGGUGUGCUGCCACCUAGUGGCCAUGAGCUCUGCGUGCUACAACCCCUUCAUCUACGCCUCUCUGCACAGCAAGGUGCGCUCACACCUGAGGGGAUACCUGUGCCCAUGUGACCACAGGCACGCCCACACCACAGAGACCGGCUCCACACGGGACUGA